AUGGAUGAUAAAGAAGGUCUAUUUACUUAUUAUCUUAUUUUAAUAUGUUUAUUUGCAGUCGGAAGUGUGUUCUUCGCUGGUUACGGUACGUCCUGAGCUAUCAGUGUUUUACUUGACUUCCGAUAUUUCUCGGGGAGUUUAGAGGAACAUGUUAAACUGAAUGAACGCUUUUCAAAAGAUUUUUUUGAACAUGUCUAGUUCGCUUCUUUUCAUUCGAGACGUCCACAAGAUUUUUACUCAUGUAAAUGUCCUUUUUCCCGAAUCAGGAUGCUGCAUCGGAACUCAAGACUAUGUAUGGAUGCUGGUGGUGCUGUUCAUCGUCGGCGUCACGUUUUGCGUACUUUGCCUGUUUGUGACCGCUCUCGUGCAAUGGGUAAGGGAUAAAAAACGCAUUCAAACAAUGAGAAAAGCUGAUUAAGAAAGAAAAAACUGUGGAGAACUGUGGGAAUAAUUUUCUUUUUCAAAAUACGCAUUUUUCAGUUUUUUCUUUCAAGUGAUUUUGCAUAAAUGAUAAGUUAUUCUUUCUCACCCCUUUAAUUGCUGAAAUGAUGAAAAAGUUCUACAGGUUUAUAAGCGACGCAUGAGAAAAAGAGGAGCUGAGCUGAAGACCAAAUUCGCCGACGAGGAGAAGCUCAAACGUGAGCUCGAGAUCCGGCUAAAGUUCCUCGCGCAAAAAAGUAAAAUUCAAGGUAUUUCCUGGAUUUUUUUCCUCUCAAAGUCAAUAACUUUUCUUUCAGCCCAACAAAACCGGCCCAUCAGAACCGACGCGCCAGUCAAUCCAGUCCCUCCUCAGGUCUACCAUCAAAUUUAUCUUGAAAUAAGCUGAUCUAUUUUGCUUCUAGGUCACAGCAGCAAAGAUGGAUAAUAUGAACCUUGGGUGAGUAGAAAAUAAAAAGAUUUCUCGGAAAAAUAACGAUUUUUCAGAGCUCUUCCGCCCAUCGUUCCUGUAAAAGUCCACGCUUCUGUAAUUUUCUAACCCAAAGAAAAGUAUUUGAGUCCAAAUUUCCAGGCUACUGAUUUCGAUGAGACUCCCUACGCUGCAAGUACUGCUGGCAGUCGUGACCCUAUCAAAUGUAUUGAAUUAUUUCCAAUUGAACUUUUAAAUAAUGAAAGUUUUAGUGGCCAAAGGCCGAAACUUUUCACCGAUUAUGAGCGAUUCUUUGGCCAAGAAAGGCGCAAAAAAAAGUUCUUCGUCGCUUUUGGAUGACCCGCCGACGCCUGGCGCGACUGUUCAUUUGCCGGUAAAAAAAAGAUAAUUUUACAACUGAAAAAACUUCUUUGCGCUUUUUUUUUCGUUUUUUUAAUUCUGAAAUUGAUAGUUACUCUUAAUUUUUGCGAGAAAUCAUCAAAUACUUUUCUGAAGCGAAUUCUGCUAUCCAUUGUUUUUUUUUUGAGUACUUUCAUUUUUCUUCACCUACCGAAGUUGAGUUAUGAUACAUAAUUCACUUAAAAUUAGCGUGAAACACAAAAAACUGCGUCAAUUUCUGUUUCUCUCACAUUCACGCGCUGUAUUUCUUUUUGAAAAUUAGUUUGCUAGUUGCAAUCCGAUUAUAGCUCUUUUUCGAAAUUUGAAGCUCAUCUCGCCUUUCAAAUCGCAAAAAGUUGACUAUUUUUUUUUCGCAUUCAGCCGGAUGACACUUGGCUGAAGCUCGUCGAAAGUCUGAAUAAGCAAAAGUUGACGGCUGCUCAGGCGACGACUUCUGCAGCGCCGCAAGCCCAGCAGUCGUCACAGCCCGGAUCCCGGAAUGGCUCGAUUCAAAACUCGGCCGAGUCGCACGAAAAGGCCACGGCCAUGAUGAAGACGGCAACGACGCCGGGGAAGAAAACCAGCAGUCCGACGAACACUGGUCGUCCGACCAACCGCAGUAAAACGCGCAGCAGCUCUCUCUCGCCCAUCAGAACUACCAACAAGCCGGCGGCGACGCAGCGUGCAAAAGGUUCUUGUCCGCGAUAUUUUUCCGAUUAGAUUGGCUGCUGCAAGAAGCGAUUUAGCAGAGAAAACUGCCAAAGAAAAAAGAGCUUUUUCUUCCCGUGAGACAGUUAGGGAAUUUGAGAAUUCAUCUUGUCUAAAAAUAAAAUUACGCUUUUGUUUUCCUCUCAAAAAGGAGCAGAUAUGUUGCUAUGACACUGUAAUAAUUGAUAGACAAAAAGAAAGAAAAAAAACUUCACACAACUUUUUUUGUUCCAUACCCUUACAUUUUUUGACUGUUGUACACAUCAUUUGAAAAACAAACAGCUUUUUGAACUGGUUUUCCUUCGGCAAUUUUUUUUCCUUUUUUUGCACCCUCUGUAAAGAAUAUUUUUCCUAGCCUGAUGGUCCAAUUUUAAUAUUUAGAUACGAAGCCGAUUCUUCCCCCGAUGCACGGUUCGAACGAGGUUAGACAUUUUGAUCAUUUUCUUACAACUUUACAAGUUUGUUCAGCCUUCAGAAAAGAUUCUUUGCUGAAUCGUAGAAUCAAUGAAGAGUUGAUCGUCGGUUUGCGGGAUCGCGUUGACAAAGAAUGGAUCGUAGAUCAUCUUGUCUUUUUUCGGAUAGUAACGUUAGGAAGUUGAGCGUUCCGACGAUCAUUGCUUCUCCAUGUAGGAACAGUACGGUGCCCCAGCUUGUCCAGGGCUGGCGGGCGUUGGAUCAUAUCAGGCGGGAGCGGAAAUGAAUACCGACCACUCGGGAAGUAGAAAAAAGAUAAUAAUAAAUUGAAGAAGAGAAUAUUUUUUGUUGUUGUAUUAUUCUCUCCUAAAAGUGCAAGAAGGACUGGGGGCUUGGGGCUUUUGGCUUUGGGCGAAAAAGGGCUUUUCUUCAAAAAUUUCAGGAUUUACUAGGCGUAACAAUGAAUUUUUUUGUUUCAGAGUCGAAAAGAUUCGCACGUCCGUCCUGAUGUCAAGUAAAUAUUAAAUUUAAGAAUUGAGUCAAUCGACCCUUUUUCUUUGCAGAAACAAGAAAAAAUCUGAGAAGCCACUGCUUUCGCCAGUUCCGGAGCUGACGCUGAGCCCGACGACGUCUUCGCUCCAAUCGGCACCUACCGUUACGUCACAGAGAUCGCUGUUAUCGGAGGAUACGAACGGCACGACGCCGGCGUCUCCGUCGCCGAAGCCUCUCAGCAGCCCCGAAAGGCGCAAACUUGAACGUAAAUCGUUGAUUAUUCGGAUUCAGCGAAGGAGCGAACUGUUGUAGAGGCAAUGAAGUCGUCGUCGGAGCGACGGGAGCCGGCCGGAAAGUCGACCUACAACUUUUCGGAUUCGACUCGCGCCUUUUCGGAAUUUUACCGUAGCCCUAAAGUUCCAGACUUUAAAUCAGUCACCCGGUGAGAGUGGCUGAAGACUUAUUUCUUUUUCAAAUAUAAUUUUGAUAAAGUAGUUUUUUUACUACAAUAAACGAACAUGCCCUCUAGUCUAUAAAGUCUAGAGGCAUCUCGAACCUAAGCUUUCACUGACCAGUUGCAAAUAUCUCUCUCAAGCUCCCUAUCUUCAGCCUCGGAUCGGUAGAAACUGAUUCGCCGGCCGAACGUCGUCGUCGUUAUCUCACCUCGCUGACGUCAUCUGCUUCGUCUUCAGUGGCCGGAACUCGUCAACGUGCACAAGUAACUAUCGAUUCGACCGGAACGCCAACUUCCAUGACGACGUCAUCGACUCAGCAGAACGGCUGGUCGUCGUCAGCAACGUUCGCCACGACGUCCUCUUCGGGUCGAUCCUCAUUUCCUCAUGUUAGUUUGCCUGAGCUGAACAUGCCAAUUGAAGGAUUAGCGGUGCUAAAAAAUAAUGGCGGUGUGGGAAAGAAAGACCUAUUUUAUCUCAACUCAGCCAUUUUUUUUUCUCAAAGUGCUACUCGAAUGGCCGUUUCAAUUUUACUCAGGCUGAAUUCCUAAUAUUACCAAUUUAGGGCGCUUUCCGCUUCGCGAACUGA